UCAGAAGCAAAAUAAUGGAUUCUCAAUUAAACUAAGAUAGGUUUUUAGAUCUUCUAUUAUAAAGGAAUAAAAUAUAUAUUGUUGGAAGUCUUAAAAACUAGGAAGGAAAUUCAAUUAAAUUUGAAAAGGGGAACCUAUUGAGAAAACCUUAAUUUGGCGAAUUUUAUCAACUGAUUAACGUUGAGUCAAAAGAGGUGUUAGUUGCAAAGAUAAUAACAAAGAGCAAAGUAGAUACACAUAAAAUUAGAUAACAAGUAUCGAACAUUAAGUAUGAUAGGUGUUACAAGAAAUUAGAAUUCAUCAGUAAAUUGAGCAUAUAAACAUUCUUAAAUACUAAGGGGUUAUUGAAGACGAAGACUUUAUCUACAUUCUCCUUGAAGAAUUUAAAUGUGUAAUUACUAGAUGAUAUUUUAGACACUAAAUGAAUAUUUGUAAUAGAAGGGGUAGUUAAGUGAAAGGGAGACAAAAUUAUUUUUUAUUUAAAUAGUCAAUUCAUUGAACUAUCUACAUGAAAAUAACAUCCUACAUCGAGAGUAUUUAUACAAUUUCAUAUUUAUAAAGUUUAAAGUUAAGCAACAUAUACCUUACUAUGGAGUAGUAGAUAAAAAUUUGUGGAUUCAAUUAUGCAAUAAAAUUAGAGUAGAAAUAAGAAAGAAGAAGGUCUAUUUGUGGCAGCUCUUAAUAUUUGGCUCCUGAUAUAUUAGACAACGAGAAUGGAUAUUCUUUUGAAGUAGACUUAUGGUAUUUAGGAAUCAUUUUAUACACAUUAAUCUUUGGAGUACAUCCAUUUGAAGCAUCUGAUAUUAAAAUUGCUUAUUAGAAGAUAAAAGCGAAUAAAUAGUAGUACAAAGAAGAAGUGUAAAUAUCAUAGAGUACAAAAUAAUUGAUUGAUGAAUUACUAAAUUCAGAUCCUAAAAAACGAGCUACUCUUUAGAGAAUUCAUGAAAUUUUGAUAUGA